UGUGGCAGCGAGUGCCUGCCAGGCACCUGGGAGAAAGCCUACCAGGACCACCGGAGAAAGGUCCAGGAUGCCCAGCCCCUCGUGGAUGCCCGCGCCCCACGGAGCCUCAGCCACCUCCACCUGAAACUCAAGAAACUGAAGCUGGAAGAGGAGCGGCUCGCCACCAUCGACAGGGACAACCGCCUGCUGCUGGAGAAAUUGUCCUGCAUCCUGAGGACCAGGGGCCAGACCAACAGCAGGAACAAUUGCACACAGAAGAGGUACCAGGGCCCCUGCUCUCUACAGUCAGCACCAAACCUGGCAGGGCCCAGAGUGUUCCACUCCAGGCCUGCACAGAAGAGCUGCCCCAGAGCCAGAACAUGGGGUUCCCAUCCUCCCUGCAGAGAGCCCUGUGCCUUUUCCUCUGUGGUGUGUGCAUCAGAGUAUUACCUGGGGCUCAGGCUAAUUCCAUACCCACAGCAGAACAAGGGCACCAACAGCAGCUCUGGGGGUCCCUCUGUGCAGUCCCAAGCCUGCUACACCAUCUUCCUGGUUAACCCUCAUACUCAUCCCAUGAGGGAGGGGCCAUGGGGAAACUGA